CAAAGCACAAGUGAGCGUUGACUUUUUUUCACCGCGGCAAUCGAGGUGAGCGGGUUGACAGACGGAAAAGUGUGAGGUUAUGUCGCUUGUCAUUUACAUUUGUUUACGUAGUGAAUUGUAGCGAUAAGUUGAGUUUUAUCGGGAUUUUUUGGUAAAAUGAUAAGAGAAUUAAUAUGUGACCCAGUGUAGCACGAAAAUGAGAAGAAAUAUCAAGCAUAUAUUGAAGUUUUUGGUGUUGUCUGGAGUAACCGUGGUUUUUACGGUGGUAUUGUUCAGGAUUUUGACUAAUAACCGGUUAAAUGUUGUUGAUAAGGUUAAAGAUAUUGUUAAUAGAGAUGCUGGGGUGUUUCCGGUGGAAGAACCUAAUCAACUUAUAGCUUUAAAUGAGAAAAUUGACUGGCAUAACUAUAAAUAUAUAAAUAAGGAUAAAGCUAGAACAGGACCUGGCGAGCAGGGCAGACCUGCAUAUUUAAACACAAACGAGCAAAAAAAUUACGACAAACUUUACAAAGUAAAUGGUUUUAAUGCGGCCCUGAGCGACAAAAUAGCAUUGGACAGGGCCGUACCGGAUAUAAGACACGAAGGAUGUAAAAGUAAAAAAUAUCUGAAAAAACUGCCAACGGUCAGUGUGAUUGUUCCAUUUCAUAACGAACAUUGGACUACAUUGCUUAGGACAGCUACCAGUGUUGUGAAUAGAUCCCCUUCUCAUUUGCUUAAAGAAGUUAUUUUAGUUGAUGAUUGUAGCACAAAAGACUUUAGUAGAAAACCCCUGGACGACUACCUAGCAGCAAACCUAACCAAAGUCCGGGCCAUCCAUUUGCCGGAAAGAAGUGGACUUAUCAGAGCUAGACUUGCCGGUGCGCGCGAGGCCACAGCCGAAGUCCUAAUUUUUCUGGACUCGCACACCGAAGCAAACGUAAACUGGCUACCACCGCUACUAGAACCUAUUGCGCAAGACUACAGGACCUGCGUGUGUCCCUUCAUAGAUGUCGUGCAGUACGAAACAUUUGAAUAUCGGUCGCAAGAUGAGGGGGCAAGGGGGGCCUUCGAUUGGGAGUUUUAUUACAAAAGACUCCCCCUGCUUCCUGAAGAUCUCAAACACCCCACCGAACCUUUUAAAUCUCCCAUUAUGGCGGGAGGUCUUUUCGCCAUAAGUACCAAAUUUUUUUGGGAACUUGGAGGUUAUGAUGAGGGUUUGGACAUUUGGGGGGGAGAGCAAUAUGAGUUGAGUUUUAAAAUUUGGCAGUGCGGGGGUCAGAUGUACGAUGCCCCGUGUUCUAGGGUGGGACAUAUUUAUAGAAAGUAUGCUCCAUUCCCUAAUCCUGGAAAGGGAGAUUUCGUCGGAAGGAACUACCGACGGGUGGCAGAGGUGUGGAUGGACGAAUACGCUCAAUACUUAUACAAUAGACGUCCCCAUUACAAAAACCUCGACACUGGUGACAUUUCAAAACAAAAAGCCCUAAGAAAGUCACUAAACUGUAAACCGUUCAGUUGGUUCAUGAAAACCAUAGCUUUUGAUUUGCCGUUGAAAUAUCCUCCUAUAGAGCCGGGUGAUUUCGGUACGGGAGAGAUUCGUAAUUUAGGUGCCCCAGAGCUGUGCGUGGACUCCAUGCGCAAAGACAGGGACGGAGUGGUUGGAAUUCAGGAGUGCGCAAAGGGUACCGGUAAAAAAGCCGACCAAAAUUUCACCCUAACGUGGCACAAAGAUUUGAGGGUCAGGGGCAAAACUUUAUGUUUUGACGUUUCUGAUCCCAAUGAUAAAGCUGACGUCACAUUAUACCCCUGUCAUGGUAGCCAAGGUAACCAGUAUUGGAAAUACAAUGUGGAAAAGCAAUGGUUUGUGCAUGGCGGCAACCCGCGUUGCUUGGAUUGUGACCCGGGUAAAAAAAGGUUGUACGUCACAACGUGUGAUGAAAAUUCAAAAACGCAAAAAUGGCGUUUUGAGAAUGUCAACUUGACAAUGAUUGCGGACUGGGAGAAUAUAGGAGUUAAAUAAUAAAAUAAAAAAAUUGAUGAAAUCAAGCAAUAAUUAUAAUUUUUGACAUUCUAUGGUCAAUGGAUUUACGAUUUUGACAGUUUUCUGUCACAUUUAAUUUAUAUUAAUUUAAUGGUGCUCUUUUAAGCAAAAUGUACUUACCUACAUGUAUUAUGUUUGGCAUUCCAAAUUUUAAACCAAAGUUUUUUAGUAUUUUUUAUUUUUUAAUAAUUGAGAUAUCUUGCCCUAAUUUGAACAUAUCAAUAUUAAAAAAUCGUGUAGAAUUCUAUAAAAAUUAGUUUUUAAAACUGUGAUAAAUUUUAUUCAUUUAUAUGUAGAUAGAUUAAAUGACAUGUUGCCAUAUUGUUAGAGUUUUUAAUUAUUAUAUUCGAAAUUAUACAAAAUUUUUGUACUUAUAAUGAAAAAUUUACAAGAAAUAUUGCAUUUUUACUUAAACCUUUUACUUUGUCCUCUAAAAGUCAAUAAGACUAAAGACACAAAAAAGAAAAAAAUAAAUUGAAAACUGGUUUCAAAAAAACAUUUUUGGCUUUGGCUAGU